AUGAUCGGGACAGAGGUUGGGAUAAGUAUCCCCGUCGCGAUCCUCCGAAUGUCUAGUUCAGCUACUCCUGUCUGCUAUCAAUGCUCGCUUCAGAAGUCGGUCCAACCUACCGUCAAGUCCGUCGCGUGUUCCAUCUGUGGAAACCUUUGUUCUCGGUUUACAACGCAAGAUAUUCUUUCCCUGCACGCUGCACAAUCUGGACAAGCUGCAAGCGGAAGCUUGUCAUCCAUGCCGGAACAAUCACACGGUCUCUCAAGCUAUAGACCUCACGCUCAGAGAUUGGGACCUCAAGACCGUGGGCCAGGGAAUAAGCCGCCAAAAGAUGCAGUGGCGACGGGAACGGAUGCCAUCGAACAUAGCAAAGUCCCGCCCUCCUAUGCCAAUCUUCCUCAACCCCAUGUGCCGUCUUCCGGGAUGAAUCUCGGCCAAGUGAGCAAACCACAGAAAGGUUCAAUACCGGGAACAGGUGUGAUCACGCCUGCUGAUUUCGCUAGAACGAUCCCCUCGAUUCAUCCCCAGGAGCUGGCCGCCCCUCCACUGCCGGGCACGUGGAGAAGUCCAUACGUCUACGGCUACCAGAACACUGCUCCGUCUAACCCUCCCAAAUAUGCGCGCACACCUCUCCUUCCUCUUCCUCCGUUGCGGCCACCGCCGCAGCCCCCAGCCGAGGAACCUAUCCACGUCACUCUUGCGCCCGCGAAGCGCCCCAGAAUCGAGAAGGGCCGCCAGAGCGAGAACCCUGUGUUUGUGUCAUACGCGACGCUGUCCACGCUGCUUGCCGACCUCAACCGGCUCCUCUGCACACCGCACGUGGGCCAGGAGUUUGAUUUCUACGGGACGUGCGCCGUUGUAAGCGAUCAGAGCGUGAAAGAUCCGGAUGCGGCGGAUUACAAAAAGGACAUGGCCGGCUUCCUACGCGGCGUGGCGGGGAAGAUCAUCGCGGAAACGGUUCUGGGAUUCAAUUUCACUGAGUUGCCUGUGAUGUCAGUCAAGGGCGGCGCACUGGCAAGAUCUGAUUCUGCCGCACUGUGGAUGAACUCAGUACCACCGAAAAAGGGCGAAAACGGCUCGAAUUACUGCACCCAUUGUCAGCAUGUACUUACGAUAUCGACAAGAGACGACCUGUCGCGUCCCCUGGUCAAGGCCCGGCGAAUACACAUCGGGCUCCGACACAAUCUCGUAGAUUAGAUUGCGCCGGAUGCCACGCUGUUAUGACGAGUGUGUACAUAGAUUACUUGCUAUGCUCUGAUUCUGCUUGGAAGACG